AUGGCUUACUACAAAGGUUUCGAUUAUUCCUACAUUCCCAUACCUGUUUUAGAACAUAAUAAAUCAUUUAAACAAUCUUUGCCUAAUCCGUUACCGAAUGAAAAUUUCAACCAUAAUAUUCCCUUUUUCGAAAAAAUAAAUAAUGAUAAUAUUCUUAUUCCCGCUCCUUCGAAUCAUUCGAAAAACCUUUCAACCGUACCUGUAGUCAAACAAUCUAACGAUAAAUAUUCAAUGGAGUCUCAGUCAAUCAGAUCUUUAAAUGUAAGAGAGAAAAAAAAGGAAGCCAUCUUUAAAAACAGCAAUGAAAGUAUUAACAACGCAUACGAUAAUUCAAACGUACCUUGUUCCAUUUCAUUCGACGACUUAGGUUUAGGUUCGCUCGUCGAAAUGACGUACAAGGGAGAGCCGCACUACGGAGUCAUAAGGUGGAUCGGUACGUUACCCGAACGUGGUCAUCCCACGUGUAUUUUUGCGGGAGUCGAAAUGGAAGAGGAAAAUGGGGAUUUCACCGAUGGAACCUACAACGACAAAUUAUAUUUCGAAUGUAAUUCGAAAAAAGGUUUAUUCGUUCCACUGAGCAAAUGCAGAAAGGAUUCGAGGUUUUCCGAAGACGUUUGUCAAAAUAGGCAAAACGUACCGUCGAAAAUUAAUUAUGGUCAAAUAGAAUGUCCGAUUGUCGAAGGGAUCAUUCCUCCGAUAAAUGCAAAAGGGGAUUUAAGGUUGAUCUGUGGGAAGAAUAGAGGGAUACAGGGUCAUCACAAUUCGUGUUAUUUGGACGCGACAUUAUUUUCAAUGUUUGCUUUUACUUGCGUGUUCGACAGUUUGCUGUACAGGCCGCCAACCAAACACGACGUGAGUCAGUACAGCGAAGUCCAGAAAGUUUUAAGGGAUGAAAUUGUCAAUCCGCUACGUAAAAAUUUUUACGUGAGAGCAGAUAGAGUCAUGAAAUUGAGAACUUUACUAGAUAAGUUAAGUUCGGUCUCGGGAUUAACAUCCGAAGAAAAAGAUCCCGAAGAAUUUUUAAAUUCUCUCCUGGCGCAAAUAUUAAAAGCUGAACCAUUUUUGAAAUUGAGUUCGGGUCAAGAUGCUUUUCACUAUCAGUUGUUUGUAGAAAAAGACGAACGUUUGGUUUUCCCAUCCGUUCAACAAUUAUUCGAACAAAGUUUCGUGACGAGCGACAUCAAAUUGAAACAAGUUCCUCCCUGUUUGAUAAUUCAAAUGCCCAGGUUUGGAAAAUCGUUUAAAAUGUAUUCGAAAAUUUUACCCCCGCAAUUGCUCGAUGUGACUGACGUCAUAGAAAAUUCUCCGAGACAGUGUACGGUCUGUGGAAAAUCCGCACAGUUCGAAUGCAAAGAUUGUUUCGGUCAAACCGGAAUCGGAAACGAAUUGGAAAGCAUUUCCUUUUGCAAAACGUGUUUGGACACGGCACACGGUCAUCAUUCACGAAUAAGUCACAAUUACAAAGCUCUAACGGUUCCUGUUGAAUUUUCCGAACUCCAGGAGCACUGCAUCAUACCGAGACUUUACAUGGAAUUAUUUGCCGUCGUUUGCAUCGAAACAUCUCAUUACGUGGCAUUCGUGAAAUGCGGAAGCGGAUUGGAUGCGCCAUGGUGUUUUUUCGAUUCCAUGGCCGAUAGAAAAGGCGAGCAGUACGGAUACAACAUACCGGAAAUCGUACCAUGUCCAAAUUUACCAUAUUGGUUAUCGGAAGAUGGUGGUAAAAUGUUGAGCGAAAUGAGAGACGAAAGACAUUUACCGGAACAUGCCAAAAGACUUUUUUCCGAUGCUUACAUGUGCAUGUAUCAAAGUCCGGACAUGAUGAUGUAUCGAUAA